CCUGCUGGAGGCGGGCUCGUUUGCCAUGCCCCUAGCGGGGGUUCGCGGGGACUCAUCCCGCCCGUAGUGGGAGGCAGGGUGCCGGCCAGCUCCACCCUCUCCCCGCCGCCUGGCUGCCUUUCGGAAAAGACGGAGAGGACUUUCCCCCACGCGGCGUCUCCUCCUCCUCUUCCUUCUGCUAACCAUGCGACGGCUGAGCCGGAGGCUGGCUCUGUCUGUCUUGGGGAUCUUGUGGAUCGCGGCUCUGCUGCUCUUCUUCGGGACCAGGAAGAAGUUGGAAGUGGUGGGAGCCGAAGGGCAGACGCCGAAGGGCUCUGACAUCGACUGGGAUGACCUCUGGAAUCAGUUUGAAGAACGAAAGUACCUGACUGCCCGGAAAUGGAAGGGAGGAGAGGACCCAUAUCGACUAUAUGCCUUCAACCAGCGGGAGAGCGAGAGGAUACCCAGCGACCGUGGCAUACGAGACACAAGACACCACAGAUGCACUACUUUGCACUAUCGCACAGAUCUGCCACCAACCAGCAUCAUCAUCACUUUCCAUAAUGAGGCCAGGUCCACGCUACUAAGAACCAUAAGAAGUGUUCUGAACCGAACUCCAGUGCAUCUGGUCCAUGAAAUUAUAUUGGUAGAUGAUUUCAGUGAUGACCCGGAUGACUGCCGUUUGCUGAUCAAGCUACCCAAGGUGAAAUGUUUGCGCAACAGAAGAAGAGAAGGUUUGAUCCGGUCCCGCAUUCGAGGAGCAGAUGUGGCACAGGCAGGCGUUCUGACCUUUCUAGACAGUCACUGUGAGGUGAACAAGGACUGGCUGCUGCCUCUUUUACAAAGGAUCAAAGAGGACCCAAAGCACGUGGUGAGUCCAGUUAUUGACAUCAUCAACUUGGACACUUUUGCUUAUGUGGCAGCUUCUUCAGAUCUGAGAGGAGGGUUCGACUGGAGCCUGCAUUUUAAAUGGGAACAACUUUCUCCAGAGCAGAAGGCAAAGCGGACAGACCCCACAGAACCCAUCAAGACUCCUAUCAUUGCAGGAGGUCUUUUUGUUAUUGACAAGGCCUGGUUCAACCACCUUGGGAAAUACGAUGCAGCGAUGGACAUCUGGGGUGGAGAGAAUUUUGAAAUCUCAUUCCGGGUGUGGAUGUGCGGCGGAAGUUUAGAAAUCAUCCCCUGCAGUCGGGUUGGGCACGUCUUCAGGAAGAAGCACCCCUACGUCUUCCCCGAAGGAAAUGCCAACACCUACAUAAAAAACACCAAACGCACAGCUGAAGUAUGGAUGGAUGAAUAUAAGCAGUACUAUUACGCGGCCCGGCCUGCAGCUCAGGGGAGGCCAUAUGGAGACAUCCAGAGCAGAGUGGAAUUGAGAAAGGUCUUGAAAUGCCACACCUUCAAGUGGUACCUGGAAAAUGUCUAUCCUGAACUGAGAAUUCCUGAGGAAUCUCUCUACCAGACUGGGAUGAUUCGACAGAGACAGAGAUGCCUGGAGACCCAGAAGUCAGAAGCCCAGGACUUCCCAGUUGUGAUCUUAAACCCCUGCAUCACCAGCAAAGGUGCAGCAAUGGUGGCUCAGGAAUGGACAUAUACAUACAACCAGCAAGUCCACUUCCAGAAGCUGUGCUUAUCAAUACAAACCCUCUUUCCGGGUUCACAGGUGGUUCUCUUACCUUGCAAAGAAGGGGAUGGCAAGCAGCGAUGGAACAAAGUUGGUUCUCACAUUGAGCACAUGGCCACACGUUACUGCCUGGACACCGAAAUGGUGGGGGACACCAACGAGAACAUGCGGGAAGUCGUCAUUAACCCUUGUGAGAGCACUGCAAUGAGCCAGCGAUGGGAGAUGGUGAUGUCCUGACCACGUCUGUCGACAACGCUAGCAGGCUCAGCCAAGAGGAACUUUGUUGAGAACAACAGCCAAGGCUGUCCAAGCUUGGGGGUGGGGGUGGGGCUUGCCUUCUAGCGUGGGGCAAAAGCCAAAGAAUAAGGACAUACAGCCGUGCCUAGGUUGAAGAAAGCACACAAGUGCUGGCUCUGAGAGCCAUAGCAGAAAUUCAAGCCAGGUGGGACUACACAACCAUACAGAUAAGACCACAACUGCUUAAUCUGGAAACAAUGUUCAAUGACCCUAAUCUGCUAGUUGUAGCAGAAGUCGCGCUUCUCAUUUUUGAGAAGGGAACCUGCUGAAAUCAGUAAAUGCAGUAAUUUAUUGUCCUCAUUGAUAAGGUGGUGGGAAAGCCUUGGGAAAUAAUAAGUGGGAGAGCAGCUUCUAGCAGCCGAAGGGCAGGGAGAAGGAAAACCAGGCCUUAUGGGAGCAGAGAAAUGGAUAUGCUGGGAUACAGCAGAAAAGGCUAACUAAUCUUGCACUUUUGAUUGAUGUAACUGAGCACAACUUUGGAAGCGUGCUGGAGUAAGCUAUAUUGCACAUUAUAAUUUGUAUUUGAUUCAUGCACUUGUUGUGUGCUAGAUACUGUAUAUGCCUGGAGUGAGAAAAUGUGUGUGUGCGUGUGGGGGGUGGAGAGAGAGAGAGGAGAGAGAGAGAUAUAUGAUAUCUGGGAGCUGAGGUCAAAUCUAAUAUGUGUGUAGAAGAGAGGAACUGUUUGCACAACUCUGUCGCUGCACAAAGCUUACUCAAGGGUUUGGGUAGACCCCGGCCAAGAAACCAUCAGUUUCUCCCUUCACUGGCAAUGGUUGGAGAGAGACAUGGUGCGUUCUUACUUUGCACAGGGUCUCACAUGCAGCAUGUAACUGGUUCCUCUUAUUCACACACUCUCGUGGGAGAGCACAAUCCUUGACUGCACAUGGGACAGGAUGAGGCAUAAAAGAGAUGCCCUCUGCCUCCAAUCUCCCCAUUUGCUCCGUAAGCAUUAUUUAGUGGUUCUCUUUGACAGCUUCUGAGCUUUGGAAAGUGGCCUGCUUUGCCAAGCUAUAGCACUGGCUGUUCUGCUUUCCUGUUGAAUUCCACAUCAUGCAACUACUAUGCCACUAAGACCAAACACUUGUGCUGACGAUGGCUGUUUCUCAGAGCCUCGAGGAGGACAAGAGAAACCUAGCAUUACCUGUGGGCACAGUAUGUGAUAUUGUAUCGCCCCACUGUGGUCUCUAAUCUUUUGUUGAAAAUCAACCACACCCUGCAAAAGUGUUGAUCUAGAGAUCAUACUGGGGCCAAAUGGUUGGGGGGAUUUACUAUAGUUCACCCAUGCACAAGCCAUGAUGGCCACAGAUUCUAGAGUGACUGGACUGGAGUAUGGGUUUGAACAGUCUGGAUUAGGUGAGCCUCCAAGUCCUUAUUGAAAUGCAGAGUUGGACCUCUAGGACAACAAACCUGUAUUCACAGACCAGUUAUGAAUUGGAUUCUCAUCACUACUGGCAAUGCUAGCAUCAUCGUGCCACCUUCGACUCUGAACAGUAGGAUCCAUCUUAUAUGCGUAUGGUGAGAGACUUGAGUCAUGCUUCUGUAUGAGAGGGCUGUUUAACGCUGUACUUUUUCCCAUCUCAGGGGGUCUUGGAUGAGCCUAAAAUCACCUGCUGGUCCUCUGUAAUUGUAAUUUGUCUCUCCACUGUUUAAAAACCUUGGAAUAGGGAAAAUUUUCACAUGCAUCAUAAAAGUAAUAUUUUGCUAUUUGAA